AUGAAGAGGCAAUAUUAUUGCCUCUUCAUUAUAAAACACCGACGAGGUGGUCGUAUCCUGUGCAAAACAAGCAUCGUAUCGUGCUCGUACUCCUACCACUCACAGUCCUGCGUGACCACAAGUCUCCCUUUCAUAAAGGUAAAUCAGCAUUAUUCAACUUGAAUAUAGGUAAUUUGUGAUGCAGUGUAUACAACUAGUGCGAUUUUUGCAUAAAUGAUGAUUGCGAUGCUUGUUUUGCAAUGCAUACGAGGACGCGGCCGGGGCCGAGGCCCGCAACUUCUUGCCGGGCCCGGAACAAAUCAGUUUGGCGAUGAACAUCAACCAGGAGCGUGCCGACCUGCCGCUAGUAGGGGGACCAAAAAACGAGACAACGAGUCUGUUGGAAAAAUUUGGGACCGAGACGUCGACGGGAACCUCCACAGCGAAAUUUUUUUUGGAAAAAUUUGGGACCGAGACGUCGACGGGAACCUCCACAGCGAAAUUCGGGAAAUUCCAGCAGGAGGAAAUGGAACACGAACAGCAGCAGCGGUUUAUUACCAUGAAAAGUGCCCCCUCCACCCUGGAAGUUGCAAAAUAAAUUUGUGAUGCAAAGUUUCAUCCAAAUCCGGAAGGUUUUUGUGCGGCAUGAAAGGACUGAGCUGAGUCUUACUGAUGCGGAAUCCAGGCGAGAAGGGCAUGAUCUUUGACAACAUAACAGAUCCGGCUGGGGCCUGGCGCUUCGAUGCAACACAAACUCUAGUAACUGUUCCCCAUUGAAAAUUUAUGUUUGUGAUGCUGGUGAGAGAUGCAAGAUGGGGAAUGUUUCCUCCAUUGGAAAGUUUUACAACAAUGCCAAUGCUUCUACGUUCUGCUGCGCGGGGGGCAUUUUUCAUUGGAAUACUGGUGGGACACUUAACGACGGUCGCGCGGAUGGAGAAGAGGGGGGUCUCGGAGUGGACGGAAGUGAUGAAGAAAAAGGCCAAGGAAGCGUGGGAAGGCACGCUGUCCUUUCUCAUGAAGUAUUUUGUUCCAAUUAUGCAUCGCAAGAGUAUCGCACUAGUAUAAACGACAGAUUUGCUUAGCACGAGGGAUGGAAUUUGUAAUGCGGAUUGACCUUUAGCUUUACCUUUAGAAUAUGACUUGUAAAUGUAUACUUAAAUGGGAAGGUUACUACCAGUACGAUGACGAUACAUUUGCAAUGCAUACCAAACAGGCAGGUGAAACAGUGGAAAAAAGCCGUCACGGAAUAUCUUAUCAAAGGGAAAAUCUCCCCUCCCCUUAUCAAAACAAAACUUUGACGCUGGAUUUGGAUACACAAAUCAGAUUUGUGUUGCAGUAGAGGACUGCACGCAGACCCUAAGCCUAGGAAAGGGUCUUUUGGUGUAAGCGCCUAGCAUGGUAGACGGCUACCCUGUAGGCCUUGCAGCAUUAUAAGGCGCCUGCAUAGCGUUAACGUGGCGGACAGCCUGAAUGUGCCUUCUUGCAAGACCGACCCGAUUCGUGGCCACAAAGCAAUCUGCGUCAAAGGAUGCGCUCUGUCUCAAGAUGGGGAGGGAGGAUGUUUCCUUGCAAUAUAUCUGAGGCAGUAUCAACCGCAAACCCACAUAUGGCUGGGUCUGGAAGAUUGUUGGACUUGUCUGUCAUGUUGCAGGUUUUCCAUGACGCAUAUGAUCUGCAAUGGAGGACCUAGCUCGGCAGAUUCCGCGAGAUUCCUACCAUGACUGCUAUUGAUUCUGCAUCAGAAACUGCCUCGCAGCUUGAUCAAAAGUGGACAGCAUAUCAUAUGGUAAAGAUGCACCACUACAUUAGAUUUUUGCAUGAUUCCGAUUUAUUAGUGUGACGAGUGGCAGAGUCCCAGACCCAGACAUAUUUGGAUUUGAUAGGCAGCAAUUGUCGACGAUUAUUGCCACGGUGGCCGAGAGUGUCGUGCAGUUUGUGCCCGGGCUUACGACUGUAUUGGGCAAGCUGCUCUACUUAUCCCAAGAAAAAAGUGUUUCACUGUGAUGAUUUUGCAAAUUUUGUACCACAAGUUUGUCACACAUGACACGGAAAAUCUGCCAUGCGCGCUUUCCAAAGGAAAACACGUUUAUAAAAAUCCAGUGUCUUGCAGCUGUAACAAGACAAAUAAUUAUAAUUCUGUGCUCCAUUGCAUGCGUAACAUGUUCACAGUGACACAGUUUUUUCUCGCGAUACUACUGGGGCUUUGGCAAAAUGCAACUCGAGGUAUCAACUGCAAAUAUGUCUGGGUCUGGACAAAGAGUGGAACUUGUAAUGCUCUCGGCGGAUUCAGAUUCUAAAAGGAUCUGCGUUGCAUGAGCAGCAAGAGGGGUCCAGUUCUUGGCACGCGGAGAGGGCAUUUCUCAUGCGUAAUUAGAAUCAAGAAGCUCUCAGAAAAUCAAAAUCUGUGAUGCUGGCACCAGCGUCACAGACCUCACGGGUCAUGCAAAAUGUGCAUGACAUCAAGCCCCGCCUCAUCCAGACCAAGACAUAUUUGCAUUCUAUACAAAGAGCUAAUCGACCCCGCGCUGAACGUAAUCGUUGACGUGCUGCGCUUCAAGGUGUUGAAUCCGCUCUUUGAAAGAGCACUGAAGUACUUGAGCCACGAGGCCGCGGAAGUCAUUCACCAUAAGCUGACAAACAUGGCGAACGAGCUGGCUGAUUACGUCACAAAAAAAGGGGAAGGAUGGUGGAAUGCACUCUCGCAUUCGCACAAAGAAGAGAAACCAGAGGGGGAGAAGAAACCAACCCAAACGCAAACCCUCGAACAGCUCGUGAGCAACCAACUCGCCAAAGACGAACGCGAAGAGACUCAAACGGACGCGACAGCAGCUGCUACUGAGAUAAAGAACGGCAUAGCCGCCCACCUUCAACAGCGCAAAGUGAGUCUCGAUGAACAGCACUACACCAGCACAGCGGCCCAAGCAAGCCCGAGCGAUACGCUGGCAAUACAGACGAGUGAUGUGGUGCAAACAGUGCGCGACGUGAUCUCCACUAAAGGAGAGCAGAUCUCUGAGUGGUGGACGGGUGUUGUCCAUUCGGUGCAAGAUUGGCAUCAUAACGUAGAAGGGGGCUUGGUGAUACCGAGUCUCGAUGCGAUCACGAAGGAAUUCCAGAAAAUUUGGUUCGGAAUCGUUCACAAGCUGUUCAAUUCGGUGUUCGUACACAAGGCAGUGGAGUUUUUUUGUCUUUUGCUUUGUAAUUCCCUGGUCAUCAGGGUCGUGGCCCGGCUUGGCGACGUCUUGUACCUGGUCCUUGACCCCGUUUUCAAACUCUCACCGGGCGUGGCCGGUCUGCCGCUGCAGCUUUUCGUGCAGACCUUCCUUGUCGGUGUGGUUCCGAUCCUCUCGCAGAAGCUGUCAUCGUUUUUCAAAAAGAAGAUGACCGGCUUCGUUGCAAAGGCCUUCGACUUGCCUAAGGCUGAAGAGGACAGCACGCCGGAAGCGCUCGACGACUACGAAAUGCUGCAGCGGCAGCGCAAAAGAGCGAAUAAAGCGCACAAGAGCCACGUGGAGCACGCGGACUGGCACCGAAAGGAAAAGUCGAGCGCGCUGCAACGCUGGGCACAGCCACUGGAUGGGGAUUCUGCUGAGCCCUUACUAGGAGGCGGCCGGCUCCUAGAUUCUGAAAACACGACGAGCAGGUCCGCGCCAUAUGCCUACACAGCCCGGGUCUCGCGUCUGCUUGCCGAGUUUGCGCGACGGCGCAACCGGCAGCGGGCCGGUGAACGUGCGCGCAUUCUGGGGCAGAGCAAGGCUCGUCAUUUGCGUGCAGCCACAGACGCAACAACGAUGGAGGUCGCGGGCCGGUCCUCGUUUAUGGAGCUCAGUUCUGCCAAUGCUGGGAUCCAAACACGAACACUACCAGCGACCAACACCCGAGAGUUCAGACUGAGAAUCAUGUCGGGUAUAAAGGUGGCCGUGGACUCACAGCUGAAGUCGCUGCUCCACAAUGGCCUCACCGCUCUGUUCCAUGUAUUCCACGACAAAUCCAAGCCGACCGCACACGGGAAUGCCGGUGAGGCACUACAGGUCGCCGCGGAUUCAGUCGCCAAAGUGAUACAAGAUGUAAAGGAGGGGUCCACGGCCGGCGCCGCGAGCGAGACACAAAAGAUCCUGGACGAAGAACAAAUCAAAACCGGUGAUGUUGGGGACCCCGCUGCUCGUUUGGCUGUCGGUAUCGCCGAACAGAUGUCCGCAAACGGCCAGGACCCAAUCGUGGCCAGGACUGGUGGGGCGAAUGCGGCCGCCGGCAGUAAUUUAGAAAUUCGUUUACUGGAGGACAAGGUCGACCGCAGGGCUCUGGUCCCCGCGGGCCGCAGCGGGAAGCAGCGACCGCCCGGUGGGUGGUCGGCGCUGGAGCGGCCUCAGCAAGGGUUCGCUCCGCCGCUGGUAGCUGCACGUAGUGGGCAGAUGAAGUUCUCGGCCACGACCGGCGAUGCAGACGAGCUGCGGCCCGUGGCGGCACACGAUUCUUCGCACGUGCACGACACCCAACACCAGCGCUCUUUACGUCAAGUGUCGCGCCAACGAAUCGACGAGGGCAUCGCUACGCCGCCUUUUGUGUCAUCGAGCCCCAGUACGCCAUCACAGAAGCUACGACCUCAGAAACCAGCUGCGGUGCCGAGGAAGCUGAGCUUUCUCGAGUUUUUUGCUCCGAAAUUUCACAAGCAAAGCCAAGGAGCUGCAUGCUCAUCGGCGCAGCAGCGCGCACCAGUUGGCAGCGGCUUCACCAGCAGCGCGGACGGGUCCUCGAGUGUACGCGUUAGUCCAUCACAGCCGCCCAAGCUGCUGAGCAUUGAAGAGCUGUAUUUCGAGAUGUUUCCCGCUCCUGGCGGAGAGACAGAGAGCACACAGCAGGCACACGCAACCGCAGACGCCUGGGGGCAAGCUGAAGAUGAAAACACGCAGCAUUCCAAUGCUCUGCAAGCACAUGAGGAGCUGCAUCCUGGACGGGAUAUAAUACCGCAGAGCCGUUUCUCGUUCCUGCAGAUGAAGCGCAGAACGAUGCUGAGUGAAACGCAAGCGCGUUCGGUGCUUCACGAAAUGGGUGUCGAGUUCCGCCGGGCGCUGGGGAAUAUGGGCAGUGUGGUGGAAACGAUGAAGGAAGCUGCUAAAACGAUGGUCCUUGGCACUGGCGUGGACGUGCUGGAGAAUUUGGCGGAAAGCAAUGUGGGCCACGUGCUGGAUUUGCUGGCCGAGAACAUCGCUACCCCGCUAGCGAGUGUGGUGACCACUUUCCCGGGCUUCAACGUUCUUCCCCUCUCUGCGUUCCGUCUGGUGUUUUCGUACAUCUUCAAGACAAUCCUUAAGAUGGACGUUGUUUUGCAGCCCUUGUUGCAAGGCUUGCGCGGCGUUGUGAUCGAGAUGGCCGGAACGCUCCUGGGAGAACUGCCUUUCGACAAUGUUCUGAAAAAUGGAAAUUUCAUUGGAAGUCUGGCUACUUGGUUCAAGGACCACUUGGUAGCGGGAUCGAGAUGGUAUCGAGAUGAGCAACGUGCUGCUAUGGCGCCCUCAGGUGUUACAUUUUUAACUGUUCUUGCAUGAAAGAGCAUGAUACAUAGCCACCACUUUUGUCAUGAAAAAUCUUCGUCAUGGUCGCCUUAGCCUUUCUCAUUUUGAUUUUCUCUACGUCGUGGCCUCGCAUUAUAUAUACGAUAAGAUUUUUAAAAUAAAACUUGUAGGCCGUAGUUUCGACUCGAAGAAUCUGCAUAUAAUGCGUUCUCGGCUAUCCGAUGGCCGAGGUAAAAUACAUAGUAUCGUAUACAACGGUUAACAGCGUAACAGCUGAGGAGGGCAUGACUACCAAGGUCGACGCGUCGGCUUCCUCGGCGGAACACAAGGACGACAGCACCGACGCGGAGGAAGACAAGGGCCACAACGAGGGACAUGGAGGUUCGAAGGGCCACGCGGGCAGACACGGUGGGAGACAAGCAAGGGUGGGGGCCUCUGGGUUUCUUGAAAGCGGAGGGAAUGCAGCUGCCUACCGGGAAGCCAGGGGGAGACGGAGCCCGGCAACGGCAGAAACUGAUCCACAUCACCAGCCGAGAGCGGCCAGGCCCCCGACUUCGAGGACGGGCCAGAGGGCGGCGGGCUCAGUGAAGCUCACAGCGAAUGGCCCGCGUAAAAAACUGCGCCACGGCAGCGGCUUUUCCACAGCCGAGCGCACGCGCGCGGACGCAGAUGUUGGCAGUCGACUCAAAUUGGUUCCGGAGCUUGAAGCCCCUGCGCAAGCUCGUGACGCUUCCGGCACAACAGUCGUGCAGCUGGCGGACGUUACGUUCUCAAUUUAUUGUUACGCUCUCAGCUGUUUACAUUAAUUUGUAAUGCAGGAGAAGCUCAGAAAUUUGGCACAGAUUUCAAUGCUUUUUAGUGCUUCCACGAAGGAGCUUGAUCGUCUGGAGGUGGUUAUUUAUGGUAAUUCAUUUAUUUUCCGUGACACAUCAUGAAAAAGCUGAGAGUGUAACGCUUGAGAGUCCCAUAUUGCGAGGGGCGACGCACUCGGCGGAGUCCGGAGCCGGGGUUUUGUCUCAAGUCUAUGGUCCGCUCAAAUGGUGCGGUCUCAGAGGAACGAGCGGAGAAACAAGAGAAAUGCACGGGGCUUGUGCUUCGCGUGACGGCAGAAAAAUGCGGCCUCAUUGUUAAAAAACAGAAAAUACAGAAUCAGAAUCCGCACGCUUUUCUUGUUUUCCCGUUCACACUACUUGAGAGUGCACCGAUUGAGAAAGCUAUACUGUCGUGGAGAAGGUGAAAAGCAUUUCGGAGAAUGUGGUACAGGCCAUUAAAAAUAUCGCAAAGAAGCUUUCCAAGGGCGCAGCGCAGGUGUGGAGCUGGAUUCAGGUUUUCCUCACGUCUUCCGUCACCGAGGGUCUGUUGCUCAUGUUGGCCUCCGCUGUGGGGGGAGUCCUGAGCCAGGUGGUAGUCCUCAUUCCAUUUAUUCGGCAAACCCCCAUCCCCGCGAUCUUCAGCUCUGCUAUCGCGCCGGCGUUAGUGACGCUCUUCCACCUACCGGUUUUUCCGCCAGGCGAACUUGGUGGCGCGGUGAAAGAAUGUGGCGAGAAGAUUUGUUCCCUUCGGGACUGGGUGCAGGUGCAGGUCGUUAACACGGUUCACACCGUCGCGAAAAAAGUCCAGCAGCUGGUAAGCGGUGCCGUAACCAACUUCGGGCAACACGUACAGGCCGAGCUGCAAACAGGACAGAAACACGUACAGCAAAAGAUUGCCGCAACAGGAAUCGCGUUCCAGAACCAGCUUCAUCAACAUCUACCAAGUAGUGGUGGGGGCCAGGGCGCCCAGCACAAGAAACACCAAGGAACCACGAGUAAAGACGGCCGCCACCAUAGCGGUCAGCACCCCGAGGAAAAGAAGCCGAAGCCCCCCUGA